AUGACCUUCGGGCGCAGCGGGGCGGCCUCGGUGGUGCUGAACGUGGGCGGCGCCCGGUACUCGCUGUCCCGGGAGCUGCUGAAGGACUUCCCGCUGCGCCGCGUGAGCCGGCUGCACGGCUGCCGCUCCGAGCGCGACGUGCUCGAGGUGUGCGACGACUACGACCGCGAGCGCAACGAGUACUUCUUCGACCGGCACUCGGAGGCCUUCGGCUUCAUCUUGCUCUACGUGCGCGGCCACGGCAAGCUGCGCUUCGCGCCGCGGAUGUGCGAGCUCUCCUUCUAUAACGAGAUGAUCUACUGGGGCCUGGAGGGCGCGCACCUGGAGUACUGUUGCCAGCGCCGCCUCGACGACCGUAUGUCGGACACUUACACCUUCUACACCGCGGAGGAGCCCGGUACUCUGGGACGCGACGAGGCGCGAUCUGGCGGUGCCGAGGCGGCCCCCUCCCGGCGCUGGCUGGAGCGCAUGAGGCGAACCUUCGAGGAGCCCACGUCGUCGCUGGCCGCGCAGAUCCUGGCCAGCGUGUCGGUGGUGUUUGUGAUCGUGUCCAUGGUGGUGCUGUGCGCCAGCACACUGCCCGACUGGCGCGCUGCGGCGGCCGACAACCGCAGCCUGGAUGACCGGAGCAGGUACUCCGCCGGCCCUGGGAGGGAGCCCUCCGGGAUAAUUGAAGCCAUCUGCAUAGGUUGGUUCACUGCAGAGUGCAUCGUGAGGUUCAUCGUCUCCAAAAACAAGUGUGAGUUUGUCAAGAGACCCCUGAACAUCAUAGAUUUACUGGCAAUCACGCCGUAUUACAUCUCCGUGUUAAUGACGGUAUUUACGGGCGAGAACUCUCAACUCCAGAGGGCUGGAGUCACCUUGAGGGUGCUUAGAAUGAUGAGGAUUUUUUGGGUGAUUAAGCUUGCCCGUCACUUCAUUGGUCUUCAGACACUUGGUUUGACUCUCAAACGAUGUUACCGAGAGAUGGUUAUGUUACUUGUCUUCAUUUGUGUUGCCAUGGCAAUCUUUAGUGCACUUUCUCAGCUUCUUGAACAUGGAUUGGACCUGGAAACAUCCAACAAGGACUUCGCCAGCAUCCCUGCUGCCUGCUGGUGGGUAAUUAUCUCUAUGACUACAGUUGGCUAUGGAGAUAUGUAUCCUAUCACAGUGCCUGGAAGAAUUCUUGGAGGAGUUUGUGUUGUCAGUGGAAUUGUUUUAUUGGCUCUACCUAUCACUUUUAUCUACCAUAGCUUUGUGCAGUGUUAUCAUGAGCUCAAGUUUAGAUCAGCCAGAUAUAGUAGGAGCCUCUCUGCUGAGUUCCUAAAUUAAUCCAUUACAAAUCAAUUCUUGCAUACACUUCUUCUGAUAGAGUUGACGCUACUUCAUAUUCAUGCGUUUCUUGCUGGGUGAACACUGCAGUGGUACCGACAUCAUCGUGGUAGAGUGAGAAUUGUCCUUCCCAGCUGAAGGGGUAACACAAUGUACUUACUAUGGAGUAAAUAGAAU